AUGGGACGAGAGAGCAAAAUGACGGCCGUGGUGCUGAUCCAGGGCAGUUCGUGCACCGGAAAGACGGCAUUUGGCGACUAUUUGACUGGGAACUUGGAGAUUACGCGAAACGUGAAGCGGAUCUGCCUUGACGACUACUAUCGAGGAGUUGAGUUCAACUACCGCGACACGGUGGCCGAUUCGUACGACUUCGACAACCCAGCCGCCCUGGACUGGGCUGGGCUGGCCACUGCCCUGCACGGAUACGCGGAUGGAGACGAGUUCGUGGUGGAGAAGCGGUACGACUUCACGACGCAUCGGGAGAGAAGCGAGCGAGUCAGAAACAGUAGGCCGGAAAUCAUCAUUUUGGAGGGCAUCUACGCGUUCAACCUGUUCAACGGGUCCGUGUUUGACACGAGCAGGCUGAGUGCGUGGAAUCCGCCUGAGAGGAACCCAGACGCCUUCGUCGAGAACGCCCACGCCUUCAGGGAGCUGUUUGAUGUGAUCAAAAUAGAAAUGACCCUUGAGAAGGAGAUGGUGAAGGCAGUUCGGAUGAGGCGGGAUGCGGGAAGCAGGUACCGCGACAGCUCGGCCGAGUUUGCUCGGUCGCUUGAGACGCGCUUUGAGACGCUGAUUUGGCCAGCCACCCAGAAAUGGGUUUACACGGAGCACAAUGAGCCGGAUAUUCGCGUAGUUGGUGGAACAUUCAACCUGGCUGAAUGCAGGGCAGUUGCAGAGCGACUGUUCGUCCAGUUUGGCGUGGUUGAGGAGAUUCAGCUUGGAUUCGAGCACGAAUUCGAGUUCGAGAAGAAGGAGAAGAAGGAGANGAAGGAGAUGGUGAAGGCAGUUCGGAUGAGGCGGGAUGCGGGAAGCAGGUACCGCGACAGCUCGGCCGAGUUUGCUCGGUCGCUUGAGACGCGCUUUGAGACGCUGAUUUGGCCAGCCACCCAGAAAUGGGUUUACACGGAGCACAAUGAGCCGGAUAUUCGCGUAGUUGGUGGAACAUUCAACCUGGCUGAAUGCAGGGCAGUUGCAGAGCGACUGUUCGUCCAGUUUGGCGUGGUUGAGGAGAUUCAGCUUGGAUUCGAGCACGAAUUCGAGUUCGAGAAGAAGGAGAAGAAGGAGAGGCUGGUUGGACGUGAGUAA